AUGGAAGGUACUUCUGCCAAAGUGGAAGAUUUCAAGGGUAGAGUGGAUGAGAUAAUCACAAAAGUUGACAAACUUGAGCAUAGAGUGAAUGAAGUUGAGCAAUUUUACUCGACUCCUGAAAUAAAGCAACCAAGCACAUCUAGAAAUGCCCCCAUUUUGAUUGAUAAAGAUAAGGAGAAACAUGUUCCGAGUAUGAAGAAGCUACAACAGGAUGCAUCACGCAGAGAGGCUGCUGCUGCAAAGAGAAUGCAAGAGCUAAUGCGCCAGUUUGGUACUAUAUUUCGUCAGAUCACACAGCACAAGUGGGCAUGGCCAUUUAUGCAACCAGUAGAUGUUGAAGGACUUGGGUUGCAUGAUUACUAUCAGAUAAUUGACAGGCCCAUGGACUUUAGUACAAUAAAAAACCAAAUGGAGGCCAAGGAUGGUACUGGGUAUAAGCAUGUCCGGGAGAUAUGUGCUGAUGUGUGCCUGGUUUUUAAAAAUGCAAUGAAGUACAAUGAUGAAAAGAGUGAUGUUCAUGUAAUGGCCAAAACCUUAUUGGAAAAAUUUGAGGAGAAGUGGCUGCAGUUUUUGCCAAAAGUUAUGGAAGAGGAAAAAAGACGAGAAGGGGAAGAAGCAGAAGCACGCUUUAACAUGCAGCUCGCCCAGGAGGCUGCUCACAUGAAACUGGCCAGGGAUAUAAACAAUGAGCUUUAUGAGGUUGAUAUGCAUAUUGAAGAACUCAGGGAGAUGAUUGUUAAAAGAUGCAGACGUAUAUCUAUUGCGGAGAAAAGAAAACUCGGGAUUGAUCUCACCAAAUUAUGUCCUGAAGAUCUUAGCAAGGCACUAGGGAUAAUAGCUCAAAAUAACCCCAGCUUCCCAUUGACAGCUGAAAACGUGGAGCUUGACAUCAAUGCACAGAGUGAAUCAACACUGUGGAGGUUGAAAUUUUUUGUGAAGGAUGCAAUAAAAGACGAGCACAAGAAUUCAAACGAGGAUGAUGAUAAUAAUAAUAAUAUCACUAAGAAGUAUGCUGCUACUGCCCAAAAUAACGACACUGCCUCCAAACGCAAAAAAGAGAUAUGUGAUGCAGUUGCCAAGGUUGCCAAGCGUCGGAAUAAGAAGCUUGGUUAA